AUGGCAGCCACAUUUGCUGCCUUGACGCUCUUGUUGGCAUCGGCCAAUCGUGCAUUUGGCCAAGGCACGGGUGGAUACCAAAUACUCGAUUUUGUUGAUCCGCUGAUUGGGACUGUCAAUGGCGGACAUGUCUUCCCCGGGGCUACGCUUCCCUUCGGCAUGGCCAAGGCUGUGGCAGACGUUGGUGGAGACGGCGAGCUGCAGGCUGGAUUUGCAUCCGACGAUAGCCCCAUUGCCGGAUUCUCGCACAUGCACGACUCCGGAACAGGCGGAAGCCCUUCUCUCGGCAACUUCCCGCUCUUCCCCCAUGCCGGAUGUCCCGGAGACGACGUGAACAACUGCGAAUUCCCUGCUACAACCCGCGCCGUCGAUCGCAUAAAUGGCACUGCAUUCGCCUCGCCAGGUUAUUUCACCGUCACGCUCAACACCAGUAUCAAGGCAGAAACCACCGUCACCAACCACACUGCUCUCUGGCGGUUCACAUUCCCCGAGGUCCCCGUUUCACCAAACGGCGACAAUACCACCAUACCCUUGAGCCCUCUAAUCUUAGUCGAUCUCAAAGAUCUGCCAAAUUCAAGAUCACAUGGCCAAAUCUCCGUGGAUCCCGAUACAGGGCGAAUUACCGGAAACGGGACCUUUGCACCCAGCUUCGGGAUUGGGACUUACAACCUCUCUUUUUGCGCUUCUUUCAAGGGCGCAACCAUCCGUGAGACCGGUGUUUUCAUGAACAAUCGUGCAGGAAAUGAGCCCAAGUCUCUGCAAGUCGUUCCCGACAACAUCAACACGGACAGCGAGACUUUGCCGGCCGGAGCCUGGGUCCACUUUGAGGCGCCGAGCGAUGGGCAAAUCCUCGCCCGUGUCGGCGUGAGCUUCAUCAGUGCUGACAGAGCUUGUCAGCACGCAGAGACUGAGAUCCCCGACUACGACUUUGACACCGUGCAUGCCGCUGCAGAGGAAGCAUGGAGAGAGAAACUGAGCGUUGUUUCCAUUGACCCAGUCGGUGUCAACAAGUCUUUGCAGAGGACAUUCUGGUCUGGACUUUACAGGACCAUGAUUUCUCCACAAGACUACACGGGGGAGAACUAUCUUUGGGAAUCAGACGAGCCUUACUAUGACUCUUUCUACUACCCCUAUUCGCAGACGCAGAUGAUUCGGACUUUGAUCGACAUUUACCGUCACGAAGGCUGGCUGCCAGAUUGCCGCAUGAGUCUCUGCAAAGGCUUCACCCAAGGAGGAUCCAACGCCGACGUGAUCCUCGUAGAUUCAUUCCUCAAGAACAUCACACAAGACGUGGAUUGGGAGACCGGAUAUGAGGCGCUAAUCAAAGACGCAGAAGAUGAGCCGCUCAACUGGGCUGUAGAAGGACGAGGUGGCCUGACCAGUUGGAAAAGCUUGGGCUACAUCCCGGCAGAUGACUAUGACCCUCUUGGUGUAGGACCUUUCACGCGCUCAAUCUCACGGACCGUCGAGUACGCUUACAACGACUACGUCAUUGCCUUGAUGGCGCAAAGGCUUGGUAAGACCGGCGACUAUGAAAAGUACCUGGAGCGCAGUAGUAAUUGGAAGAACAUGUUCAAGGAAGACGAGGUUUCUUUCUUCAACACGACGCCUGGUGGUCCCAAGGUGGAUAGCGGCUUCACGGGCUUUCUUCAAGUCAAAUAUCUGAAUGGCAGCUGGGGUUAUCAGGAUCCCAUCCUGUGCUCAAGCCUCUACAACUUCACCAGCUGCUACCUCAACCCGGAUGGACAUGAGACAUACGAGGGCUCAAUCUGGCUGUACACAUUCUACGUCCCUCAGGACAUGGCCACUCUGAUCACCACACUCGGCGGCCCCGAGACCUUCACCCGCCGCGUAGAAUUCCUCCACUACACAUACAACCUCCUCUACAUCGGCGACGAGCAGGCCUUCCUCACCAUCUACCUCGCGCACUACUCCGGCCGCCCCGCCGUCUCCGCCGAGAUCGUGCACUCCUACCUCCCCGCCCAAUUCAACGACACCAUCAUCGGCAUCCCCGGCAACGACGAUUCCGGCUCCAUGGGCUCGGCAUCCAGUUUCUUCAUGAUGGGUUUCUUCCCGCAAGCAGGCCAAGACGUCUACUUCAUCACGCCGCCCUUCUUCCGCGAAGUCAACAUCACCAGCCCCGUCACCGGCAAGACGGCGACCAUCCGCAACGUCGGUUUCGAUCCGGAAUACCGCGCCAUCUACGUCCAGAGCGCCACGCUGGACGGCGUGCCGUAUGCGAAGAAUUGGUUCACGCAUGCGUUCUUCUUGGACGGCGGGGUGCUGGAGUUGACGCUGGGGAGGAACGAGAGCGAUUGGGGGACGAGGGAGGAGGAUCUGCCGCCGAGUGCGUCGACGGCGGGUUGA